AUGGCUGUGGUGAACGUCGUUGAUGAGGACGGAAUCACGGAUUUACAUCAAUUUCAACGAACUUGUGCAGAUGAUACGGACAUGACAUUUGUUCGUAGGCGUCAAGCGUUCUUCGAAGGCACUCCGAGUGCUAUUGCAAUGGUUUGUUGCUCGAAUCUGAAUAAUUUGACCUUUUAUCGAGUGUCACCUUCAACAAACAAAUUCAUUUCACAAUAG